AAAAAGUCAAUCUAUCAAUUUAAAUAAAAUAUUGAUUAAUUAAUUAAUUUUAUUUUAGUUAAAGAUAAAGCAAAUCGAUCUUUAAUAGUGUUAUUGUAUUAGCAGCAUCAGUAGAAAAUGUUCUCAAGUUAAGUAUCAUAAGAGAGCUCAAUUUUUAGCUAAUCUAAAGUAUUGCCUGCUUUUAGUAACUUUGGAGCUUCAAAUAGUCAACAAUAAAAUUCAAUUAAUUUGAAUUUUGGUUAGCCUAACACUCUUUUUUCAAGCUAAAUGGUAUAAAAUGCACCAUUUUUUAGUAACAAAAGCAGCUCUAUAGCCUUUGAUGUAAAAAAAGAAGAAGUAGAAUAGCAGGAAACAACUUUAGAUCCUUAUAUUUAGGAGAUAGAAAGAAAAUAAAAGUUACUUUAAGAAGCUAAAACAAAUAAAAAGUUAAGAGAAGAAAUCCUAUAAUAAGAAGAUGUAUUAAAAUCAAAUCCUAAACUGCAGAAAAUCGAUGAAGCAAUUAAUAAAGUAAUAUCGUAGACUGAUUAAUUUAUCGCUUUAAUUUAAUGUAAGGAGGAGAACUACAUGUUUCCUAAAAGAAUCGAAACCAUUUAAGGAGAAAUAUAAAAAAUUUCAAAUGGAAUAAAAUAUGGUAGCAAUACUUCCUAGUUUUAAAAAAUUUUAAGUGAAUUAGGCUAUUUAUGUUGGUAAACUUCUAAUAAUUUGGAGUAAGUUUAAAUUGAGAUGAGAAGAAUACAAAAACAGAUUAAUGAAGGUGAUUAAAAUUAUUAGAAAAGCUCACUCUCUACAAAAAGUAAACAAUAAAUUGAUAGUAAUUAGUAAAAUAAAAAGAUAUUGGAAGUUUUAGAUGUAAAACUUAACUUAUUAAAAUGCAUUUUAGAUGAAUUCAACAAGAAUAUUGUAUAUGUCAACAAUUCUAAAGAAAUAAAUGAAAAGAAAAAUUUAGAAAAAAUGAUAAGCAACAUUAGUUUAAUUUAAUAGGAUGCAGCUACUUAAUGCUUUCAAACAUAAACUCUAAAUAGCAAAAUUGAAGAUAAAAAUAAUUCAGAAAUUCAAUUAUUUUUAGAUGAAAGUAUCGAUGUGAAGCUAUAGGUUCUAGAAAAUAUGAUAGUCUCUCGCUUCAAAGAGUUACAUGAUAAAGUUAUUUAGCUUGACAUAUAGUUAAUAGAUAACUAAUAAAAGUAGAAAGAAGUUAAAGGCAGAGUCGACCUUAGUUUAGAUAAUAUUGAUUUAGACACAACUCAGGUCUAAGAAAACUAAUAUCAUUUACUUCACUACUCUUAUGUAAAAACUUAGGAAGAAAAAGAAAGUAAUCCCACUUUGUAAAAGGAUCGUAUUCCAAAUAUAAAGUUAGCAGGUCGUGUUACAAUUGCUGAUGAGGUUGAACUAAAUCAAAGUUAAAAGAAAACUGUGGCAUAGAAAAAGUAAAAGAAGGAGGUCGAAUUUGAUCUUGAUGAAAACUUCAGCAGUGAUCCUGAAUAAGAAGAGAUCAGCUAAGACGAUUUUGCAGAAAUUUAAGUAGAUCCAUUCGAAAUCUAAAAAAAUUUUAUUUAGUGCUAAUCAUCUAUAAUGCAUAUUAGCAAAGUAGGGGGAUGCGUUAAUUUUUCCUAACCUUAAAAAGCUUAAACUGAUGAUUUACUAUUCAAAAUUUAAUGCGAUAACUCUAAAAUUCCUAUCCCUCAUAACAUUAAAUUUAGGGAAAAUCUAUUUAAAUCAUUGAAGUCCUCAAAGAAGUUAUCUAAAUCAUAAUAAGAUAAAGAAAUUUACUUAGGUGAAAAUCAUUACUAUUUGAGUAAUAAAUUAAUAAUUUAAAAUUUAUUAACUCCCUUAUAAUAUGAACAUUUGGGAAAAGAGGCCAUCACAAAAGAAAAAAUGAAAAUAAUAGUUAAUGAAACUUAAAAAGUGCACAAUCCAACUAAGGAAAAUAAUAAUAUUAAUCUUAAUCUUAAUGCUAUUGCAGAAAAUAAGCUACCACAAAAGUCAAAAGGCGAUGAGACUGUAGGAAGAAUGGUAGCAAGUAUUAAAGAAGGAGUGCCUUCACCUAAAACAGAAAAAAUUCCUUCAAUAAUGGUCAAAACUAAAAAGGCAGACUCUUUUACUAUUAAUGAAAGUGAAAUUAAUAAUCCUUUGGAUUCUGAUUCAUCUGAUGAAGAGGAAUAUCUUUAAAAUGUUUCUUAAUUGCAAGUAAAAACUGAUAAAAAAGACCAACUUCCCGCUAAUAUCUUAGGUAAUAGAGGAGUCUCAAUCAAUUUACAAGAGGUUGAAAAAAGUAACACAAAUAAAUAGUAAUAACCAGAAUUACCAAAACAAAGUAAUUCACUUUUCCAAAAUGUUAAAAAAGACAAUACCAAUGAGUAAGCUUAAUAACAACAAAAUAAAAAUCCUCCUAAUUUGAUGACAUAAAAUCAAUUUAAGCUAAGCAGUAAUUAAGAAAGCUAAGCUAUAUAAAAUACAAAUUAACCUAAAACUGAAACUCAACAAUCAAAAAACCCUCAAACAAAUAAUCCUCUAUUUGGAAAUAUUAACAAAGCUACUACAUUCCCAUAAAAAGAUACUCAGAGCUAAUAAUAGUAAAAACAAAUAUCUAAUAACUCACUUGCUUCGGCCCUUGUUUAACCAAAAUAGUAAUAGUAGCCUUAAUUAGGAAUAGGUAUUAAUCUUACAAAUUAAAACUAAAAUGAAAAACCUAAAGCUUAAGCUGCUGCAGCAUAACCUCCUUCAUCUCCACCAUAAUCUUAAGUUUAAUAAUAAGUAUCAUAAGGUUUAUUUGGUUAAAAUAAAUUGUUGCCAAAAAAAUAGGAAGAUAAAUCUGUAGACUUACUUUAAAAUUAAUAAUAAAAGCUAAAUGACUAAUAAAAAGCUUAGAUAGCAUCAUAACCUCCUUCUUCACCAUCCUAAGCUCAAGUUACUCAGUAGACUAAUUAAAGUUUAUUUGGAUAAGGAUUAAAUGAACCUAAAAAAGUAGGAAAUAUUGUAGAUUAAUAAACAACUUAACAACCUCCAACUACCUCUUUAUUCUAAGCAAAAUAAUAAAAUCAAUAAGGUUUAUUCAAUUAAGGUACAGCAGCAAUAUAGCAAUAACCAUAAUAAAAACAAUAGUAACAAAAGGCUUCUUUACCACCUGAUUCUCCACCUUUAGAUUAAGUUAAAAAGUAAACUUAAUAAGAAAAAUUUGGAAUGUCUGCACUUAAUUUAAAUCAAUAAGCCUAAUAAGGCACUGAAAAAGCAAAAUAGUAAGUAUAAUAACAAUAACAGUAAAAGGCUUCUUUACCUCCUGCUUCUCCUCCUCAGGAUUAAGUUAAAAAGUAAGCUCAGUCAGAAAUGUUUGGUAUGUCUGCACUUAGUUUAAAUCUUUAAGCUUAAUAAAAUACAGCAUAAGGAGCUUUACCAAACUUAUAAUAAAAACCUGAGGCACCUACUGCUGCUGGAGAAAGUGACAAAAACAAAAAAUUACCACCAGCUCCUUCAAAUUUUAGUUUAAACAGUUAUCCAGCUACCUAACAGAAAACAGGAGGUUAUUUUAACUUUUUGAAUAAUAACAAUACAUAAUAACAACCUUAAGCAGAUAAUAAAUAAGAAAUAAAACAAGAUGUGCCUUAACAAAAUAAUGAAGUAAAAAUUCCAAUAUUUUAGGUUAAUAAUAAUAAUAGUAAUAGUUUAUUAAAUCAGUAAUAAACUUAAGCUGACAACAAAUAAAUAUUGGAAACAGGUAUUAAAUAGCCUACUCAAGGUUAAGGGUUAAUUAGCUUUGCUAAUACUUCAAACAAUAAUAAUGCAGGUGGAAUGUUUGGAUAAAAAAAUAAUCAAAUUCCAGCUUUUAAUCAGCAACCUGGUAUUAUUUAAAACCAAUUCUAAGAUAAAGAAGGUGAUGAAGUAGGUAUUAAAAAGAAAAGGCUUUCAACCGAAGAUAAACAAAACAACUAGCAAACAUCUGGAGCAACCAACUAAUUUGGAAUGUUUAGUUAGAAUAACUAAUUUAGCUUGAAUAAUGCAAAUUCAUUUUAAAAUUAACAAAAUUAAAAUGGAAUGUUCAAUAAUACUUUCCCAUAAUAAUAAAACAAUAAUAAUUAGUAAGCAAGCGCUUUAAGCAAUAUUAAUUUCGGAAAUGCCAGCGGUUUAAAUAUGUAAGGGGGUUUGUUUUAAGGUGGAAGUAAGCAAGCUUUAAGUGGUAACACCAGUAGUCUUUUUGGAACUCAAAAUAAUAAUAACAAUCAGAAUAUGUUUGGUUUUGGUUAGCCAUCUUAACAAUCAGGUCUUCCAUAAGCAGGAUUUGGUGCUGGUAAUUCCGUAUUCGGUUUUAAUACCAACAAUAAUAAUCAAUAAAAUAAUUAAGCCUUCAAGUUAGAUCCUAAAAAUAUUUCAUUUGGGUCGUUUGGUUAGAAUCAAUAAUAAUAACAACAACAACAACAAUAAUAAUAACCUAAUUAAUCAUCUAAUAUGUUUAGUAAUUUUGUUUAAUAAGGAUAAGGUCUUUUCUAAACAGGUUAACAAGGUAACCCUAUGCUUGGAGGGUAAGCCAAUACCAUUACACCUGGUAUUAAUAAUACAAAUAAUACUGGUGCUUUUUAUAGACCAAGAAAAUGA